UAUUGUGAUAAUCAAAAUACCACGUAUUCUUAGUAGCACAAUACCAAGUAUUCUGAUUAUCAAAAAAAAUAUCCUUAGUAGCAAAAUACUUUUUUCUCCGUGUAACGUAUAUUAAAUUACGUAUGAUACGUUCAAAAAAUUAUUGCGAGCUAUUAUAGUGAGUUUUAGAUUGCUGAUAAAAAAUACCAUGAAUGGUGAUAAAAAUAAUAAAACGGAUUGUCCUCCACAUUUUGGUAUUGACCAAAGGAAUCAUGCUCAAAGUUUAUUAGCUAGUAUUAAUGAUCUUGAGGAUCGGCUGAAUCAAGCUCGUCAAGCAUACCAAAUAUUAUAUGGUGACACUUAUCAGGGUAAAAAUUAUGAUAAUAUGUACAAGAAUAAAAACCUUAAGCGGAAAAGAGCUGGUUGUAAGCAAAAAUUGCGAGAUAUUAUCUUCUGGAAAGGAGAAUAUCUAAAGGCCGUAAAGGAAAAUCCGAACAAAAACAGUUGCGGAGCGCGCAAAAGCGCGUCCGAAUUCGUCAACAGUCCAGCCUCGAAUCUUCUUCCUCAUAGAGAAGUAUCCGCUUCUUCCUUCGUUGAAGUUGGCGGCGCUAGUCUUCAUUUCCAUUGGAAUUGA